CCACCAUGGCGUCACAAAGCAAGCAACCAAAGUAAACAUACCGCAAUGAGAGAAGUUUUCAUCACCUGUUUUGCGUUUGUUCUGACGCUGAAUGUUAGCUAUGGAAGUGAAACUUAUAACGAUCAGGAUAAAGCGUUUAGCAAGAGUUGGAAACAAUUACGACGCACGAUGGUGUCUCCUUUGAGGGAAGUCCUUUCGCAGACCCAUUCUUUUCUACAGCCUAUAGCAAAGAAAUGGACAAUUAGUAACAAUGAUCAAGCCAAAUUUCCACAAAAAUAUCUAAGUAACGCCUUUAAAGCAAAUGAUGAGAAACAAAAAAGCGCGGAGAUAGGUCACGAUGCCGACAACUUACUUAGAAGUCAUAAUGACACGGGCUUAAAUUUCGACCGAAAGCCAAGACCUCACAGCUCCCUUCAUAAUAAGGAAAUAAAGCGCUUUAGAGAGGUUCUUCGAAAGAGAAUUAAGGAAAAACCUCGUCAGGAUAUUGAAUUCAUUGAGGACAGUCAAGACAAUGGGGCUAAACAGUACGAGUUUGGAAGUCCACUUUACGAAGAGGUUGAAGGAAAUGGCAAUUCAGAAAACGAAGACCAAAAUGGUCUGUCUGGUCUCAGAAACAAUUACGUCACAGUUAUAGACAACAUUGAUGGCAAAGACACGGAUUCUUAUAACACCCUGGGUUCAGAUGAAGCCAAAGUGGAAUAUACCAAUGUGGCAAAUAGUAUAAACGAAGGUGAAAAUGAAGAAUUUCAAAUGAUAGGAAAAGAGGUGAACGACGUGCUUGGUGCACUGACCAAAUCAGAUUCCAGAAUAAGUCAAGUUGUGGAUACGCAUCCACCCCAGGGACAAGGAGAGUUACGCGUUAAUCAAGCUAUGUCGGCGUAUGCUAAUAAACAAGUGGAAAACGAGACAAUUAUGAGAAAUGGAAAACAGCAACAAAACAAUCAGAGUCUACUGCCUGGGGAAGUAACGAUCAUUGAAGAUGACGAUGAAAUGAGUCCAAAUGAUGAAGAAUCGCAUCCGGUCCUCAGCAAGCCUAUAUUGGACGCCAUUAAACAAGCUGAGAAAAAUGUGACGCAGCCAUAUAAAAUCAUUCAAAGUGUCGAAGCUCCCCAAUAUGUUGACAAACACUUUCCCUUUCCAAUGCAGCUAAAAAAAAACAAUACAUUGCAUAGUCCUGGAAACAUCCAGCAAGUUCCCACAAACUUUAAUCUUCAACAAAACACUACAAAUUGGCACGCCAGAAAUGGCGAAAACGAAAAUGGUACGCUUGCUUAUUUACCUUCCUCAGAAAGAGUCAUUGAGAAUAAUAACCUUACCCUUGUUAGACAUUUUGUUGGGAAUCUAGAAAAGAAUCUCAGAAUUUUUUCGGGACUAGCGACAGAUAACCGCAAAAUGAGAACGAAUCCUGAACCUCUACAUGCCAAUGUUAAUGAUCACGAGCGAAAAUUUGUUCUGACGGGAAGUGCCGAAGAAGGACCAGAUAAAGCAUUAGCGGACAACAAAAAUAAUCAUCCUGAGGAUCUAGCUUCAGUGAUGAAAUAUAAUAACUUUACACAUGAAAGAAACAUUUUCCACACCAGAUGGCAUCCGUACAAUCAGAGUGAUAUGUCAAAGUCUGGAUCGGUAGGGAGUGGUAGCAGUCACUUGCCUCCAAGUCAAGGGACCUUUAACGAAAAGAAUUCAUCCGCUGUUAACACUCUAAAAACGACUAAAAAUAUUCAUAAAAUCGAUGCGAAGCACCGGAAACAAGGCUUCCAAAUGGCAUUGCCUCUCAAGAUAAAUGGUCCCACUAGGACAAACGAUGAUGACAGAAGGGUUUCUGUUGGUUACUCGGGGACCCCGGAGGUGGGACGAAGGCCAAACAACGAGUAUGUCGCGCAAUUUCCUGGGGAAAAGAUAAAUGCUCGCCUACUCGCUGAAACAGAUGGCCUCGACCAUUUCCACAUCAGUAAAACUAAUAUAACUGUUCAACAAUUUGGUAAAAGCACAGGUACCGUAAACGAUGUGGCGACUGUGACUGAUGCAACGACUCUGUCUCUAGAGCCCUCCGUGAGAGCAAAAUUUCAAGCAAAAGCAGAGGAGGCAGGCAAUUCCGAAAAACCAUACUUGGAAUCAUUACAAGCAACGGAAACAAAACUCAAUGAGCAUCUCAGCCUGAAAAGUAGCGCUAAUCAGUUAAGUAACUCGCAAUAUGGUAGCAGGAAGUUUCCAUGGAAUUUAGCGAAUCAGCAAAGAACUAUGGAAGCUUCCUUACAUGAGAUGAACGAAUCUUCAAUAUAUAAACACAACAAAAAAACUCAACAACUGCAGUCGAACAGUUGGCAACGAAAUCAUGCCCGGCCCCUUUUUGUUGCUAACGAGGACCGCAAUGAAAGCAAAGACCCUAUCAAAAGUUUUGUUGGUGUACCAUUGCAGAUUGCUCCUCAUCAAAAUGUACAUAAUCCAAACAAAUCUCUAUCCAGAUGGCACGAAGAGUAUGAAAAAUUGAUUGAGAAAUUAAGGGACUUGUACGGGCAAGCCCACGGGAAUUUUCUCCCAGCGCAUAGUGCUAGCUUUAAAAGCAACCCUGUAUUGAACGAUGCCCAGCAGAUGAUGAAGGAAGUUUCCCGAUUUCAUUCACUGUUUGAUGACAAAUAUGGCGAUAAAAAAGAAACUGGAAGAGAAAAUGGAAUGUUUUUCAAGAACCUGAAAAGUAACGUCGAUGAACGGAAUUGGAGAAACGGAAGACAUAUCACAAACCCACAGAAUCCUUUAUAUAAUUAUGGAGAGGAUCCUGGAAAUAAUAGGGAUGUUUCCAACCAAGAGCUUUCCUCUCUCAGAAUUGAAAAGAACAGAGAAGUAUCAGGUCAAAUAAGGAGUAUCCAGGUAGCAAAUCAGACCUUAUUUGAUUUAUCAAAUUCCAAGGAAAUGUACAAACAGGCACCAAACAAUAGUGAUGUUAUAAGCGAUGAAAUUCAAAACGGAGGAAGUGAGCUUGGUCACCAAAGUAACUUAAGCACUACCUACUUAAACCAAAGGCUGACCCCUCAACAUAGAAGUAUUCCUUCUACAAAUAUCAUGAACACUUCUGCUUCACCAACAUCGGGAAAUGACGGCCUUUCAUCCCAUCAGGUCCUGAUGAGCUACUUCGGAAACGAAACAGAUCUUCGCAAACAGCUUCAUUUUAAUGAUGACUAUGGAAAUGAGUCAAACAACUCCAUCAACAUCUCACAAAGCGAAGAAAAUCAGCCUGAGAAUAACAAAACAAGUACAAUCUCAAAUCCUAUCGAAGUCAUGACAAAGGAGUCAAAUGCAAGUUUCAUCAUUCAGCAUGGCGCAAGCGAUAACAUCUCUGGAAUUCCAAAACAGAAUAAAAGUGGGCCCUCGGAAGAAGAAUCUCUGAAAAAAUACUUAGAAGACUUUAUUUCUUUACUGAGUUUUGACGGAGCCGCUGAAAGGAACGAAACGGCAAAAAGUGUCCCGGAAGGUGAACUAAGACUGAAGAUGUCCAGUGGUAACUCAAAUCCAAUAGUGGCAGCCGAAGCUUCCAAAAAGGAAAACGUGACUGAUUUGAAAGAUAGAGUAAUAAUAGUAGUGUCGCCAAAGUCCAUCAAAGAACUUAUGAAAAAUCGUAGUCAUGAUUCUCAGCAGCCAAUGGUGCACAAAGGGGUUCCAGUCAAAGUUGCAAAAGUAGAGGAUUCAACGGUGAUUCUGAAGCCUAACCUUAUCACAAACAAGUCGAAGGACGAAUUUAAGGAGCAUUUCAGGAAUGUAACAAUCGUGCAAAAUGAAACCACCAAAAGCAAGGCUUCCAAACUUCCUUCCCUCUUGAAAGUAACAAAUAAAACGUCGACGUCCUUCGAGGACAACGUUGCUUCCAAAAGUAAGAACGAUGAUUUAAAUGAGCUCUAUAGAGAAGAACUUAAGUCAUUGGAAAUAUCAUUAUCACGGGAUUUUAUGAGUAGCUGGAUUUAUUACCAAAAAUCACUGAACGAAAUAGGAAUCUCACCAGGGAUGCUGCGGUCUGGAAUAGCCAAUCUCGGAUCACCCCAAAGGUUGAAAAGAGUCUUUAAGAAGGCUCUCACUGGCAGUGAUCUGAAUGUGCUUGUGGUUGGUGGUUCUAUUUCGGCAGGUGGUGGACUUGAGAAAGAUCGUGGAAAUGUUGAAGGCGUUUAUCAUAAGGCCUUCAGUGAUUGGUGGAACAACACCGUAACACCGAUCACAACUUCCGAGCUAAAAGUCAGUGCUGUUGCCAUUGGCGGAACUGAUUCUGAAUAUUUUUCGUAUUGCAUACAAAACUAUAUGAGAUUCCUCCCUGACAUAGUCAUAUGGGAGCUGGCAGCUAACGAUUACAAACGAUAUGCAGGUCGAGAGUUCGCUCCGGCAAAACCAUUAGAACAGUUGAUUAGAAUAAUAUUGAGUUUGCCAUCGAAGCCUGCUUUGAUACUUGCAAACUUCUUUCGCGGAAACUACUACAAGACAGCAAUUGGUCAAGACUGCCCGGACUCCGAAGACGAAGGAGGAAAGUCUAUUGCGCAAUAUUAUAAAUUAACCUCCUUAAGUUGGAGGAAUGUGAUAUGCUCAGGCGAUAAGGAAUUGAAUCUGAAGAAACUUUUUAGUUCGGACGGAUAUCACCCGAGCCUCCUCGGACAUGCGCAAAUGUCAACCCUUUUGAUUUCAUAUAUCAAGGGUGUCUUUGAGGAAACUAUUUCAGAAGAGAUGACUCUGCUCAGAAAUCACACACCAGCGCGUAAAAAUCAAGAAGUUUCACUAUCUUUAGCAGAACCAAUAUUCGAUGAUCCCGUGAGCCCUAAGCCGUUGUGUUGGACCCUUUUGACACCAGAUUAUGGUCAAAAGUUGAGAAAUACUCUACCCGAUCUCGAGUUUACAGAAGCAUCUGGGUUUCAGUUUGCAAACAUUAGUCAUUGGCCUAUUCGGCGUGAUCGCUUAAGAUGCUUAAAAGCUAUCCAAACGGGAGCAAUGUUGAAGAUGAAGUUUAUUGUUCCUCCUUCAGAAAACCGAGAUGGCUACAAGCGGGAGCUGGCGAUAACAACACACAAUUCAUUUGGUGGAAUGGGGUCUCUGUGGCUGGAUGGCGACCAAAAUACUGCGAAAACUAUUAAGGAAGAGAAUGGACAAAGACGGACUCAAGUGAAUAUCCUAACAAGAAGUUUAACACCGGGUGUACAUACAGUCACGGUAUCCGCAUUGGAACCUGGGUUUUGUCUCUCUGCUGUUGCAGUGUUAUAA